CCCUUUCUCUUUGCUCAGUGAGUCGCACCAAACUCUUUUGUGAUGCUAAACUUUCGGAAGAGAGACAGAGACACACUGAGAAAGGGAGGAAGAGCGGAUUGAAUUUCUGUUUAGACAAAUUUGAUCUAACCUCUGCAGAUCUUGACGUGUGAUCCGUUCCUCCAUUGAGUGAUCUUUCAAACUUUUUCCCUUACUAUUUUAAAUUCGAUUUGCCAGGGAGUGACCUGGUGUUGUUUUACCGGACCUUUCGCCACACUUUUCGCUUCAGGAAUGCACUGUGCACUUUUCAACGCGGUGCUCAGAUACCUCCUCCUUUGCUUUUCCUCGACCAGGACCUGUAAAUAAUCGACGGUCAUGUACUUGUGAAGGACAACACUAUUUUCGUCAGCCUGUUCCCCCCGCGGUCCGCCCGGUCGCAGCCGGACCGAUGACCGGUGAGCCCGGUAGGAGCGCUUCCUUUCCGCGCAUGGACAGUGGCCGGGCGGUGCUCCAGCAGGCAGCUGGCGGAGGAAGAAGAGGCGGGUGGGCGCUUGUGAAGGCCCAGCUGCAGGGUGGAGCGCCGUGGGGCUUUACGCUUCAGGGUGGCCUGGAGCAUGGAGAGCCUCUCAUCAUCUCCAAGGUAGAAGAGGGUGGUAAGGCGGAUACUUUGGAGUGCCCACUGCAGGUAGGGGAUGAGAUCAUCAUCAUAAACGACAUCGACUUGACAGGUUAUCGUCAGGAAGCCAUCGCCCUUGUCAAAGGAUCGUUCAAGACUCUACAGAUCACCGUCCGCAGGGAGUUUGAUCCCGGGUAUAUUGAGGAAUUUGGGUCAUCCCCUGCGGCGUCAUAUCUUUCUUCCUUUCGUGCUUCUUCACCUCCUCUUUCUUCGACAACACCGCCACCGCCUCAGCAACAGCAAAAAACAACCCACCUCAGCAGACCAUGUUCAACAGGGGGAGUCCAGCUACGCACCAAGAACAGACGCAAUGAGACAGCAUCUCGUCCUCACUCGUGGCAUUCAACAAAACUGGGGGAAGGUCAGCAAGAGUCAGAGCAGGAAGGGAUGGACACCAUGAGCAGUGCCUGGCACCACAGUUACCACGCAAGUGCCUCCACCACAGACAUCUCGGGUGCGUUUGAUUCGGAUGGCGGCUACCUGAGGAAGAGUCCUGACCAAUACAGCUCAAGAGGCAGCAUGGAGAGCUUGGAUCCUCCUCAGUCAGCGCAGCUCCAGCACCAACAUACACUGGGCCAUCACACCCACAGUGGGGUCCACCCUGCCUACUCCUCCUGCCAACAACUCUCUUCUGCCAGGUCCUCCAACAGCAUUGAUCACCUCCACAGCAAGCGAGACUCUGCAUAUUCCUCCUUCUCUACCAGUUCCAGUAUUCCAGAGUACCUUGCCUCUGCUCCGACAUUCAGUGCAGAGCGCUCCUAUUCACUGGAGACCGUACCCCAGAGAGGAGGAAGUAGCGAGAUGCAACAAGCUGACAUACGUUCCAUCCGGACACUUUACAAUGCCCAGCAGGGUCUAUCUCAGGAGCAGGAACUGAGGUCUCCUUUAUCACUACGUAGCAGUGAUUCAAGAAGUGGGGAAGGAGUAAAGGGAGGGCACAGCAGAGAUUUACCAACUGGAGUGUGUUACCGUGGCAGCAGCAACAAUAGUGGUGUAAGUAGCAGUGGUGUGCUGGCUACAAACAGGCGCAGUCUGGGUCCAAUACGGGCACCUGGAACCAGUCACAGUUCUUAUGAAAACCUGAAAGGGGCACCUGCUCCACCCCGGCGGAGCGACAGCUUUGCAGCCAUUAAGAACCAUGAGAGGCCCAACUCUUGGUCAAGCGUGGAGCAACCCCGGGUGGUUAAUAGGUCUCUGCAGAAGGGCUCUUAUCAUCACUCCAGUGGUUCAGUUGCCUCAAGUGCAGCGAAAGGCUCGUGCAUCACCGAGGGUCAACUCCACACAGUCAUAGAAAAGAGUCCAGAGAGCAGCCCCAUCACAAAACCUCGACAGGGUUUUCCCCUGCCAGGUUCACCUUCUGAACCUGCUACAAGCCUUACAAGCCCAGCUCCUCAAUCAGGACGCCUUAUUCUUCCCACAGGAGUAUACCUCGUACCCCAACCUGAACCUCAUUAUGCACAGAUGCCCAGCUCAAGUCCCAUGUUAUCCACCUCAGGAGUUUAUCCUGCUCUGGCCAAGGACAGCAACCGGCAGCAACAGAAAGUCAGAGGACAGGAGGAGGAGGCGACCGAGCAAUUGAGAGAUGGAAAACUGCCAUCUAUCGAAAAAGGUCACCAAAUGAACAAUUUGUCCCCAUAUCCCCACUCCACCAUUCCAACAGUUUCCACAAAGCAGAGCAGAGUACAUGAAUCAGAAAGGAAACAACUGGAGGAUAAUAAUUUUGGUCUCAAUAGAAACCUUCCGGCAGCAGAAAGAGCCGAGAACCAGGCAGGGGUCAACAUGAUUCCCGACCAGCAAGGGCCCCAGGCUCCUCAUCACCAUAUGCAUUCUAUCCAAGGACCCCACAACAACAUGUUGCAAGAACAAGAUGUGCUAAAUCCCCAAACUCAGUCAACUGUGGCUCUCGGACCCCAGACAUUCCAAGAGCGGAGGGACCCUUACACAACUGUGGAGUCUUGGGGCCCCGUGAGAAGAUUGGUGGACCAAUCCAAUGUUCAUCCAGAGCCAAUGUUGUAUUCCAGAGUUGCACAGGGACAAGUACCCCCAUCCCAUCCAGCAGUUCAACCUCAGCACUCCUCCUCCACGUCCCCCACUCAGGCCUCCCUCGGUCACCACAGUGACUCAGCAGCUCUUCAUUACCAUCACUCGGACCAGAAAGAGCAGAACAGAGACAAAGAACACCCGCUGAUUCGUCUCGAGAAUGCCCUCGUAGAGGUACAGCGUUCCACCAGCCCCAGCAGUGUUGUCUCUACCAGUAGUCAUGACAACAAUACAUUGGGUGAGGGUAUCCAGGGACCCACCCGUAGUCUCUCUGUCCUAGAGAGGGUCAGUCGCUUUGAGCAUAGCGACAGAGCAGGAAAGCAACGUAGUCAAAGCAUCAGUCAUGGCCCCCACAAGAACUCUUUCCGCAGGAUGACUGACAAAUCCUAUGGUGGCCCCUGUGGAGCAGAGGAUCUCAGAAGCAUGCUUGAAAGAAGCACCAAAGCCCAUAGAACUAUGAGCUAUAGAGGAGGCAGCGUCAACUACAAGAAAGAAGGGUGGGUCCAUGACAGUGUUUUAUUUAUAUGGACUGCACCUGAUCCCAGCUCAGCCCUGGAGAGGAGCCUAAGCAGUCUCCAUUUGGAUGGAUCCAGGGAAGAAAAUGAAAACAAAAACUCUUGGAAACAAGAUGUCAACAACAUGUUGAGCACUUUGCAAGACACAUCCUUCCACAGAUCUUACAGGGACUCAUUGAAAGAAGUGCCAUCUAAGGUCCUGCACUCCACCUCCUUGAGACACAAUUCCUCCACUGUUCAUUCCUCACAUGCAGUUUCUUCUCCAAAUUCCUCCUCACACGGAAGCCAUCAGCCUCUACCUUUCGUGUGCGACCAUCCCCCCUCAGAGAAAAAAGGCCCUAAAACCAUGCCCAAACCCGUGGGCGUUUUUACCAAUGCCCCAGUCACAUCCGCUCACACUCCAAAGGAACGCCAUGUGGUUGGACCAGAGACCCAAGGCCCAAAUCCCCCGGCCUUGCCCCGCGUCGCGCCAGUCGGACCUCCUGCUUUAUUGCGAAUCGGUGGACGCAAACGUUUGAGCACAGACCAGAAAAAACACUCCUAUUCUGAGCCAGACAACAUGAACGAGAUUGGAAUUUCAGAUUCUGAGAAUGGUCUCUUCAAGCUUGGUGGAGAGACCAGUGUGGCUGACCGCCGGAAGAUGUUUGAACUUGGAUUUGCAAACAACACCAUAUCAAGGCCUGAUUUGCGCCAGCUUCAGCAAGAUGCUGUGGCUCAGUACGUGCAGAGGAAGAGAAGUGCAAAGAAAGAUGAGGGAAGAGAUAGGAGUGGACCAAGGCCCUUCAGCGCUUAUCUACAGUCUGACAAUACCUACCAUUCAGACACAAUCAGCCUCUCCUCUACCUCGAGCCUUCUCUCACUCCAAGACUCUGGCCUGGAUCGCUGCCUUUCUUCGAGUCAAAGGCGUCACUUCUCUUCUCCUGGAGCUGACCUGCGAAGCCUUCAGUCUAACUUGUACUACCCAGGCAGAGUUACCACUCCACGGGCGCCUUCAUACUCAUCCUUACGUGGUGACCCAGCACCUGAGUGUCACACGUCCAUCACCCACCUCCCACAAAAUUUCAUCCAAGAGGCAAGCUCCAACAAACAGAAUUCAAUUUGGUCAAAAGAAAUGCAACAGACGGCAAGCCCACGACAGAAGCGUUUAGCGUCCAAGCAGGCGACCGGGGCACCGGCAAUGGUCGGAUCCAUCUUGGGGUCUGGUAAAUCCGCCUCUGUUGAAGAUCUUUUGGAGCGGUCAGAGGAAAGGAUCCCAAACCACUCCCGCUCCCGCUCAUCCCCUACUCUAGAGGGGCUCAAUCAGGAAUCUGCAUCAGAUCAAGUGAAGAUGUUUGAUGCCUUUGUGUCUGAGCCUGAACGCUGGACUAAAACUGAGGGCAGCAUUGGAGACAACAAGCCACUAGAGGGCCUCGCCUCACAUGCUGGGUCUUCUCUAGGUACAGCCUACUCCCACUCCCCUGUCCCACUGAGGGACAGACAGCAACGUCAGAGGAACAGUGAGCGUCAGCGAGCCCAUAGCAUGUCCUCUCUAGCAGCCUCAGUUGGUCUGCCUUGUCCCCUCUCCUCCGUGUCUGGAUCUCAGGACAGAGAUAGCCCUGACUGGCAGUCUAGCAAGGGUCAAAGUCAAGCCAAUCUGGAUGACAUCACCUUCCCGGGAACCCCCCACAACAACAUUGCUGAAAGUUUUGGCGGCGCUGUCAGCCUCGACGGCCACCUUGACACCUUUGCGAUGGACAAACCGGCGAGGCACAGUUUGAGUGAUGCUAGCAUAUCACACAACACUAGUACGAAUGGCAUUCACGGAGAGCGAACAUUUAGAUUAGAGAGAAAUGGAGGGCGUUAUGAAGAAAACAUCAAACCGGUGUCUUCAGUGACCACAUCGCCGCUGCUUCAAUUCCAAUUUGCUUCCACACCAGACAAGAAACACAGUGGGAAUGUCGAAUCACGUCCUUCCACACCCUCUCAUCAGUCCCUCCUUCAGAACCUUCCCUCACCGAUGAGCCUCAACAGCUCCACUGACCAAAAACAAAUAUCAGUAACAUCCACAGGACUAUUUCACGAGGACAUGGAUGAGGUAUUCCUUCUAAAUCCUGCACCUCCAUCACCUUCUCGUUCAAUCGAGACGAAUAUCAUGGGAGACUUCCCUUUGCCUCACACUCCUCCCCUUGAGUUGGACAAGAAAAACUCUUUGCAGAUUGCGGGAAGCCUUGUUGUGCCAUCCUCAAGGCCACGAUCGUCCACUCUCACGUCCACCUCUUCUAGCAACCUACAGCUUGAUGACACGCUUAACCUUGAGUACCAGCCACUGCUCAAGAGGGAAAAGACAGUGGAGGAGCUACAAGUGGAAACGCUGGCAAAGCAGCUGCUAGUGAAGGAUCGCUCUCUGACACAUAUCCUAGAAACAUGGGAGGGUAAAUCACCUGUAGACCUUGUGGAGGAGAUCUUUCAAAACAGCAGACUGGAUGGUAAAGUGCCUUGGCAAGCCAAGGGUAGCCCACUAAAUGAUAGGAGUGAGAAUGUUCUCAAUGCAGCAGUCGAUGAAAGGACUGAGAUGGAGGAGAAGGACCUCAACAGCAGCAAGGUGGAGCUCUGCGAGGCUCUGAGGUGUAGUGUGGUGGCUAUGCGUCAAGAAAAGGAUGCUCUGUGCGAGGAGCAAAAGCAUCACCAGGCACUCGGGGCCAGCAUUGGCUCUCUGGUGCACAAACUAUGCAAGAUAAACGAGAGGGACAAGUACAACAUGUUCAUUGGUGAUCUUGAAAAAAUUGUGAACCUGCUAUUGUCACUAUGUAGCCGGCUAUGGAGAAUUGAUAAGUCUCUGUUUGUUUUGCAACAAGAGCUCACAAAGGAGGACAUUUCAGAGGAGCGGGACUCCCUCAACCACAAACGCUCUCAGCUCCUCAGUCAAACAGAGGAUGCCUGGGAACUGAAGCAAAACCUGGACCGGCGGCAGCGCGUUGUUCACGCCAUCUUGCGAGGCUACCUCACCGAUGCCCAGCUCCAAGACUACCUACACUUUGUUAGCACCAAACCCUCCCUACUGAUUCGCCAACGGAACCUCGAUGAUCUCAUACGUCAGCGAGAGGAGCAGCUGACGAGGCUGGCAGAGACCCUCCCGCCAGAGUUGGCGGCGGCUCGUGAUUGGUCAAGAGGAUCUUUCCGUGUGUCCUCGAACCCCGUUUCCUGCUCCUUUCCCUGCCCGCAGCCGAUUCCUGGCCACACCCACUCUGGCAGGUCCACCACCGUGACAUCGCUGUGAGGUCAUGAACCAGCAACAAGCAGCUGUGCAGAAACUAUGUGAAAACCUACAAUUGGGGGAGUACGGAUGCAAGAGUGGGCCCAGUCCCACUGAAUCUAUGCACGCAGGAUGUCGCACGUGAAUCUGCAAACAUGUGCCUCGUUUUAUUUGCGCCCGACUGAAACUUUUACAAGAGAAGUAAUAUACCAUCUGCCUUAAGUUUUAAAUUUACCCAACCGCUGCCACUCUUAGCUGUUGUUUUAAAGUUCACUAAGCGUUUAAGAAAGGUUAUUGUUGAAAUCUUGCAAGAUCAUUCGGGUUUAAUGAAGGGUCGUUCUCUUCUAUUCCUUCCUCCAACUUUUCUAGAAAUACUUGACAAGUUUAUUUGAGGCGUUUGAAAGAUGUAGUCAUUUUUCGAGAUAGGACUGCAGCGCUUGACAGAUGAAAUGUCUAUCUGAAAAGUUCUUUCAUUUUCUUCCAAGAAUAUUCAGGACAUAACAGAGAAGAAUGGACUGUUAGAGGAAAUAACAGGAAUACAGUGAGAAAACAAUAAAAGGUCCUGUCCUGCAGCUUUGCCAUUAAGAAGGCACCAAUGGUGCUCUCAAUUUCGGCAAGUUCAAUUUUGCUCAAAUAGAAAAGUGUGUUUGCUGGUGGCCAAAGACAAAAUAAUAAUAACAAAUUGCCACUACAAUUGUUUUUGAUGUCAAAGGAGGAAGAGUCCAAAGAUUUGGAUGGGGUGCAAUGCUCAAUGUUGUUUUUGAUCAUUUAAAUUACAAAAUAAGACCAUUGGAACAUAAUUACGUAUAGAUUACGGCUGUAAAUUUGCCUAGUAAUGCAUCUGGAUUUUACAAUGCCUUAAACUGGAUUUAUGAUUCCAAUAGGAAUCCAGAAAGGUGUCUCAUUAUAUAACAUGACUUUUUUUAAUGGCUGUCAAAAAAUGGAAGCUGCACAUGGAAAUUUUGGGCCAUUUAUGUGUUGGUUAUCCACUGGUGACAAUGCACAACACACAUUAUAACUGUACUUUUUAGAGGUUCAUCCAAUCAGACAACCGCACGACAUUGAAUGUCAAAUACAAAUUAAACAUGUUACAUUCUUUAUUGAGGCAGCAGUGCAGGUUUUGUUUUGUUUUAUAAAUACUUUUAACAACUUGAGUACACGUUAUUCAUCUUGAAGUGUCUAUCUAAAGACCAUUGUUUAUCCUCCACUGACAAAUUUGACGUGUUUUCUAGUUUGGAGAGCACAUUUAACAAACUCGUUUUUUCCUAAUUUCCAUAUAUCACGCAUAAAACCACAUUCACAAUCACUUUUUGAUUUAUUCAUCAUAGGCACAACAGAUUAUCCCAUAUGUUUUGCUGGUUGACUUGCGGAGCUAUAAAAAAAAAAAAAGUCAGAUGAUUGGAAAAUGGCUCCUGAUGUUUUUCUAUCCUGUUUUUGUUAAAUAAAUAUAUUUUAUAAAUGUCA